UGUAGGCGACGGGGCGUGGCGGGGCCGGGAGGUGGCGGGAGGGGGCCGGGCCGCAGCCGGCGGGAGGGCCAGGCCCGGAGGCCCCCACCCUGGCGUGCCCGCCCCCUUCGCGGCAGAGGAGGAAGAGGAGGAUGAUCUCCAGAUACACUCGGAAGGCGGUGCCACAGAGCUUGGAGCUGAAAGGAAUAACAAAACAUGCUGUUAAUCAUCAUCCCCUUCCAGAGCAGCUGGAUGAAAUUUCUUCUACUAAUGACAGCCAUGAAAAAGACACAAGUUCCCAAAGUGACUCUGACAUUACACAAGAAUCACCUUUUACAUCAGCUGACACUGGGAAUUCAAGAUCUGCUUUUCUAAGCUAUACAGGCACAGGGAUCUCUACGGAAGGCAGCUCAGACUUCUCCUGGGGAUAUGGUGAACUUGACCAAAAUGCUACUGAAAAGGUCCAGGCAAUGUUCACAGCCAUUGAUGAACUCUUGUAUGAGCAGAAGUUAAGUGUGCAUACUAAGAGUUUACAAGAAGAGUGCCAACAAUGGACAUGUAGCUUUCCUCACCUCAGGAUUCUGGGUAGGCAGAUAAUCACUCCAAGUGAAGGUUAUGGGCUGUAUCCUAGAUCCCCUUCUGUUGUUUCAGCUUCACAUGAGGCAGCACUUUCUCAAGAAAGAGAUUCUACUAUAUUUGGUAUUAGAGGAAAGAAGUUACAUUUUUCAUCUUCUUAUGCUCAUAGAGCAUCUUCCAUUGCCAAAUCCCCUAGCUUGUAUUCUAUGGAAAGAGAAGAGGAAGACUGUGUAAUCUUCUCUGAAGGAAUAAUAGAGGAAUACCUAGCAUUUGACCACACUGAUAUGGAAGAGGGGUUUCAAGGAAAGAAAUUACAAGCAGCUCCAGAGAAACAGAAAUUAGGGUACCCACCCAUUGCUCCAUUUUACUGCAUGAAAGAGGAUGUCCUUGCUUAUGUGUUUGACGAUGUGUGGAGCAAGGUUCUGAGCUGUAUGGAGCAGCUGACACGUAGUCAUUGGGAGGGAUUUGCUUCUGAUGAUGAGAGCACGGCUGCCAUCUCCAGACCAGCUUCAGGAAGCCCCCGUGUGCUGAAUGAGCCACAACCUCUGGUCUUCCCUCCAGUGCCACAGUCGAAGGUGCCGCCCAUCACCUCAAACCCAAUGAAUCUCUGUCAAGCGGCAAGUGGUCAUCAGCCAAAUGUGAAUGGUCUCUUGGUUCAUGGGAUGCCUCUACAGCCAAGAAAUCUCUCCCUAAUGGACAAGCUACUAGAUCUUGAUGACAAGUUACUUAUGAGACCUGGAUCCAGUACCAUCCUUUCAUCUCGAAAUUGGCCAAAUCGAGCCCUAGAGCUCAGUACAUCGGCUCUGUCAUACACAGCACAAUCUGCCAGGAGACGCAAUCCUCCACCACGUACCCUUCAUCCCAUCAGCACAAGCCAUUCAUGCGCUGGAACGCCAAGACCUAUGGAAGAAAUCCUCAGAGGACCCCGAAUCCCAGCCCAGGACUCGCUCUCCUCUCCCUCACCAAUGCCCCUGAGUCGAAACAAUCUGCUGCCCCCUAUUGGGACAGCUGAAGUGGAACACUUGAGCUCUGUGGGGCCACAAAGACAAACGAAAACCCAUGGUGACUCCAAUCGAGCUCGAAGUGCUGUGGUGGAUGAGCCUAACUAUCAGCAGCCCCAGGAGAGGCUCCUAUUACCUGACUUUUUCUCCAGGCCCAACACAACUCAGUCAUUUUUGCCAGAUACACAGUACCAUCAUUCUUGUGCCGUUGAGUAUCCUCAUCAGGCCCGACCUGGUAGGGGAUCUGCAGUGACAGGUCCUCAGUUACAUGGAUCUACAAAAUCUCAAAACAGAGGUAGACCAGUCUCUAGAACCAGGCAGGGACCACAGGGCAAAUGAGAAGAACCUGCUUCAGGCUGCAGGAAACACGUGAGAAAAAUUCACGAAUCAACGUUCAGUCAUCUUGUGAUGCAAAGCUUGUAUAUAAGAGACAACUUAAAACCAUCUUCAUGAUGCGUUAAUCUGGUAUAACUGAGAAAAAAAGUAUCUGCCAAAGAUUACAUAGGUACUGUUUCUCUCUCCAGUUACUGUCUUCUUUCAGCAUUAAGUUAACCUAUUCUAUUAGACAGUAAAAUCUGUACCCAAAGAUGUAAUGAAUGAAUAAUUAUCCCCAAAUCACUGCUCAUGUUGUCUGUUAACAAUGAUCAGGUUAAAAAAAAAAACAAAAAACAAAAAACAAUGAUCAGGUUCAAUUAUUACAGGAUUCUAUGAGGCUAUACAUACACAAAAAGCAGCAAAUGAUUGUUUGAUAUUAUCAAUGGCUCCAGAAUACUUCUGCUUGUAUGAAUUUCUGGAGAGUUGUACUCAUUUUUAAGGCAUUUUUAGGAGACAGAGCUGUCAAAAAUCUGAGUUACUUAUCAAACAGAAGUCAUUCCUAAAGCUUUCUCUUUAGAUGUCCAAUCUUACAAAGAGAUUUGGAGGAGCUAAGUAACUAAAGAUACAAAUGUGGAAUACUGGUAUAAAGUAAUAUGUAAUAAGUCAUAAUGUAUAUUUAUUUUCGGAUAGGACAGCUCAACCUCACAAUGCCUGCUUCCUAUCAGAUUAUGCUUUUCUUCUUACAGGACUUUAGAAAUCAUAUAUAUAUAUAUUUAACUCACCUUACCAAAUUUUCUCCUUGAACUCUAAGUAAACUUAAAAAUUUAUAGGAUUGAUUAGUGAGCCAGCAAUACCUUAAAAUUUCAGAAACUCUGGUAAUUAGUAUAAACAUAUCUUCAGAGCAGAAAUACAGAACCUUCAGCAUUCUUCUGAUUUCACCAUGGACCUUUUUGGGAGGACACUCAUAAAUGCAGCAGUGGUUUUAAUUAUAGCUUAAAUUUAUUCUAUUUAAAUUUCAUUCAACUUUAAUUUUGAUGAUCAUAUCAGUUUUAGAUCGUACUGUAAAUCUUCAGAGUGGAUAAACGGGUAAUUUUUUAAUUAUAUCAAGAUGUAUCAUAUGAAGACAGAUGCUUCAAACAACGUGCAUUAAAUUAUAUUUUAAUACAAUUAAAAAGUAUUUUUUAAUCUGUAAUCACAGACUGUGUCAUGUGCUUACCUCAGAUAAAUUAUCAUACAUAAAACUCAGUAACACAAGGGUUGUUUUAUGCAUAUGGUAUUGAAUAUAUAAGUCUGUAAUUCAGAGAUUUUAAGUUGAUCAGUUGCCAAAAAAAUUUCCAUAUAUUCCAAUGAGUACACACCAAUUCAACUAAAUGUAAGUAAACAUCCCUGCAUUAUUCUCACAAAUCAAUACCAUAAGUGCAUGAUAACAAACUGAUGGAUCAAGAUGGCUGCCUUUCAAAGUUAAAGGAGUCAGAAGAAGCCUCUAAGAAGUCAUUUAGCCCAACUUCCCACACCUUUUUAUAGAGGAGGAAGCAAGUUCAAACAAGAUCUGCACCUAAGGACAGACAUUCAAUAGUUACAGGCAGGACAACUUCUCUGUAU